AUGCCUCGCAUACCACCCACGUACGCCGACACCUUCUACGAGCCUCUGACCGAGGACGUGGAGGCUCUCCUCUGCCGUUUCCAGAACGCCGACUCGAUCCGCGUGGAGUGCUUCACGGCCCUUUGGAGGGAAGCCCGCUUUCAGGACGUCUUCUUGGGCAUCCCUAGCAUGAGCGAGAUGAAGAAGUUCUGCCGGGUGACCAUGGCCACAGCGGUCAAGUAUUUUCUACCACCCUACUGUUACCAGAUUCGGGUCGGUGGGCUGUAUUUUAUGUACGCCUUCUACAACACGCAGCUCGCCGUCCCUCCGGUGCGGAUCCGCCUGACCCUCCAGAACUGGGACAACGUGCAAGAUUUCUUGCGGGACUCUGUCCUUAACGGCCACUUGGACGUGAUUUAUGUAUAUCGGAAGCUGGUCUCCGCUAGGGCGUUGGAAUAUACUGCCAUGCCGCAUUUCCUCGUCUUCCAUCGGGCUAAAAAGGCCAAGGGCCAGAAGGUGUGCGCCGGAAUGUUGGCCAGAGCCACCGCGGUGAAGGAGCUGCUUUCUGAGGACUACUUGGAGGAGGUCGCCAACGUCCAGAACCACUACUACGAGAUGAAGAACGAACUGAUCGAGGUCCGUCUGCAGGCCAACAUGACCCAUGCCGACUUUGACUGCCGCCUCAAAGACUCUUUGAAUGAGUUCCUCACAUGGCAGCAGAAGACUUUUAACCAAGCAAACAUCACCAAUGAAAAUGAGGAUAAACCCACCGUGGAGGAGGACUGCCGUAGCCGGGCCGCCAUGCUGGCCUCCAUCAAAAAGAGGAGCUACGGGCAAGGGACCUCCAAGUCUAGGGGACCCUGCCAGGAAGUGGCGGCGGAGUCGUCCAGCUCGGGUCGCAACAAGAAUGGCAGACCCCUGUCGCUAAGAGCCCGCACUUGGAACACUCUUGGGAAGAACAAUGAAAAAUCAGACAUGCAGCUGGGGCAUUUGAGUGGGCACGACCAGAAACAGGUGUCAUUGCAACAAAAGAAGCGGCUUCAGUGCUACAAGCAAUAG